AUGGGUGUUGUCCACUUUCAAGAAGGAGAUAUAAUCGACAACAAGAUCACCAUUGUAGAAAAACUUGGCGAAGGUGAGUUGUUUGUAAUAGACCGGCUAGAGCAAUACGGCUAGGAAGGGUUCUAUUAACUUUGCCUCAAUAUUUCCCAAAUUAUUGGCCAAAGAAAUCUUCAACGGUGGCAACUUUUCAGGGGGAUUUGGCGCUGUGUACAAGGUCACAUUGGAAGGCCAUGGAAAUCAAGUGUUCGCGAUGAAGAGCGAGCAGCGCAAUACUGGCAACGUCCUCAAAAUGGAAGUCAUGAUUCUGCGCAAGGUCGCUGCCAAAGGGUGCAAGCAUUUUUGCCGAUGCAUCGAGGCUGGAGUUGCGUCAAACAAGCUGUACUUGGUUAUGACCUUGCUGGGCAAGAGUCUGAUGGACCUUCGGAUGACCAUGCCCGACAACAAAUUUACAAUGGGAUGUGCGUUGGGGGUUGGAAAGCAGUGUGUUGAUGCAGUUCGGGAAUUGCACAUUUCCGGAUUUCUUCACAGGUACUAUUAUUUUUCUUUUGCUCGAAUAAAGCAAACACAGCUUCCAAUUGAAUGAUCGAACGCUUUCAGAGAUAUAAAACCCUCCAACUACGCAACCGGUCCCGAGAAAAACUCCAGAAACAUCUUUCUGUUCGACUUUGGGCUGGCCCGAAGAUUCCUCGAAGAAGACGGCACGGUGCGAAAACCAAGACCGUACAGUGGGUUUCGAGGCACAUGCCGAUAUGCGCCUCUUUCCUGUCAUGUGUCACGGGAAGAGUCGAGGAAGUGCGACUUGGAGUCCUGGUUGUAUCAACAAGUGGAACUGACCAAAGGCGCGCUACCUUGGCGAAGUUUCGACAACAAAGAAUUGGUCGGCAUUUACAAGGAGAGAAGCCGAUUCGAUGUUGGACUAAAGGAAUUUCUAGGUGGAUGUCCGCGCGAAUACAUCGAAAUGCUCCGAUAUAUUGAUAGAUUGAGGUACGGGAAUAGAAAAUUUGCUAUCCAAAAUUAUUUUCAGAUACUUUGAUGAGCCGAAUUACAAAUACAUUAUAAAAUUGCUUGACCACGCACUCAAAACCCUCCGUCUAAACGAAUUUCCGUAUGAUUGGGAGGAAACUAGCACAGUCUACGCUGCCCACCAAGCCCUACUCGCAGAGGACGCCCAAAGCGAAAAGAAAUAA